AUGUCUAGCUCUGCUUCUUUCUUGCCUCGUGCUGCAGUGUCUGCUGCUUGCUUCUUGCGGCCCCCUGGAUAUUAUAAACGCGGGUCUUUAAGAGAGGCCCCUAAACGCUGGGUAGGGGGUUAUGAGUCUCUCGUCAAAGCAGCAGUUCGGAAGAGAGUCAAAGCGAAACACUUCUGCCUACUGCCUCCGCCAAGGGAGAUACCUGUUGCUGCUGCUCCAACCCCUAAAGUGCUGCAGCAAGUGCGCGGUGUACCGUCUGUCUCUGCUGCUGCACUGCAGCACCGGCUGAGGUUUCUGCUGGGCCCUGAGGCCCCGCUGCAGCAGCAGCAGGCGAAGCUGCGAGAAGGGUUAACCCCUUAUCAAGCAGAAUUGUUUAUGUGGCAGAGACAGCUAACUGAGGUCCGCCGCAUAUAUCGAGCGCAAUAUUUGCAGCGGUUGGCUGAAGUAACAGCAGAAGAGCAGCAAAAACAUCAUCUCCUGCUGCAGCAAACAAGAGCAGACAAGCGCAUUCGACGUGAGGAGGCGCUGCAGCGUUUGCUGGAAGCAACAAAGAGGAGAGCGCUGCUGCACGAAAGGCAGCAGAUUGAACGCAAAG